AUGUCUUCUACCGACAACACCACUGCGCAACCCUCCUCUGGCCAAUCCAUCAUCGACACCGCCACCUCUUACGUGCAGUCCGGCAUCGCCGCCGUCACUGGCAACCAGUCUGACAAAGCGAAGGCCGAGCAAACUCACAACAAGGCCGCCGCCGAAGCCAAUGCCAGCGAGGCAGCAGUCAAGGCCGGCCCUUUCACUCUCUCAUCUUCUGGCGCCGUCGCCAAGGACAGCUCGGAGCGAACUCAGGGCCAAUGGGACCAGACUAUGGGCUCGCUCAAGGAAACUGCAGGCAAUCUCACCGGCAACGAGAGCCUGAAGCAGCAGGGACGCGAACAGAACUUGCAAGGUCAGGGCCAGGAGGCCAAGGGCCAGCUCAGUGACCUGGGUCAGGGCAUCAGUGAUCGUGUCCAGGGCACACUCGGAGGUGCUGUGGCCGGCCUCACGAACGAUCGCGAGUCGCAACAGAAGUAUGCUGACAUUCAUGAUGAGGGCAAGUCUAGGCAGAGGGGCGUUGAAGCAGACUUGGACAAGAUGGCUGCUGCGCAGGAGAAGCAGCAGCAACAGGCUCACAAGUGA